UGGAAUUAUAGGUUGAAUGAGAAAUUUAAAAUAAUAGUAAGAAGGUCAGCAAGACUUCUCUACUGUAACCAAACUAGCCUCAAAAAUGUCUGAAGAAACAGAUUCUAACAAAACAAUUAAAACCGAACCGUUCGAUGAUUAUCCUCAGGUGAAACAGGAAUUCGAUGAUUGUGAAAAUACAUCAGAUUUGUAUAUGGAUGAUGAUAUAUGUCGGCAGCAAUUUCUAAAAUCUGAGGUUACAAUUGACGAGGAAAUAAAACAAGAGACGAUUGAUGACCAAGAUGACGUGGCUAGUACAAACAAAACAGUUUUAGAUGAAAAUUCUUAUAUAAGGGAUGAAGAGGUCAGUAAUUCAAGUAAUUUAGUGGAUAGCACAAACAAAUCAUUUGAAGAAGUUUCAGCAAAAACUAAAACAACUAAUAACUUGAAACCGUAUAAAUGUAAAUCAUGCAGUAAAACAUUAAUAUCAAAACAUAACUUAGACCGACAUGAAAAGAUCCAUACUGUGGAACCUUCUUAUGAGUGCAAAAUAUGCUAUAAAAGAUUUUCACAGAUAGGUGGUUUGAAAUGUCAUUUAACAAUUCAUACUGGAGAACGUCCUUAUGUAUGUGAAAUAUGUAAUAAAACAUUCAGAAUAAAAAAUUUGUUAAAACAACAUAAAACGGUCCAUACUGGAGAGCGUUCUUAUGAGUGCAAAAUUUGUAAAGAAAAAUUUUUACGAUCAAGUCAUUUAAGAUUACAUUUAUCAGUGCAUACCGGAGAACGUCCUUACGCAUGUGAAAUAUGUAAUAAAACAUUCAGAAUGAAACAUGGCCUAAAUCAACAUAAAAUGGUCCAUACUAGAGAACGUCCUUAUGAGUGCAAAAUGUGCAAUAAAAGAUAUACACACUCAUUUGAUUUAAGAGAGCAUUUAUUAUUGCAUACUGGAGAACGACCUUAUGAAUGUGAGACAUGCAAUAAAACAUUCAGAACAAAACGAUUGUUAAAUCGACAUGGAAUGAUCCAUACUGGAAAAGGCUCUCAUGCCUGCAAAAUAUGCAAUGAGACAUUUUUUCAUUUAAGUAGGUUAAAAUCACAUUUAUCAGUGCAUACUGAAGAACGCGCUUAUAGUUGUGAAAUAUGCAAUAAAAGCUUCAAAACAAAGCAAGUCUUAGAUAGACACAUAAACACCCAUACUGGAGAACGCACUUAUGAGUGCAAAAUAUGCAAUAAAAUAUUUUAUCAGUCAAGUAAUUUAAGACAUCAUUUAUCAGUUCAUACUGGAGAAAGUCCUCAUGUGUGUGAAAUAUGCAAUAAAACGUUUUCACAUUUAUGUAAUUUAAGAACGCAUUUAUCAGUGCAUAGUGAAGAACGACCUUACGCAUGUGAGACAUGCAAUAAAAAAUUCAAAACAAAAGAAACAUUAACUCAACAUAAAAUAGUACAUACUGGAGAACGGCCGUAUGAGUGCAAAAUAUGCAAUAAAAGAUUUUCAAUGCUAGGUUGUUUAAAACGGCAUUCAUCAGUGCAUACUGAAGAUCGACCUUAUCCAUGUGAUAUAUGCAAUAAAAGAUACAAAACAAAAGAUAUAUUAAUGCGACAUGAAAGAGGACAUACUUGAGAACAAACGGUACAAAAACUGUCAACAAAACUGAUAAAUUAGCCUAGAAACUCUCUGGCCUUAUAAUCCUCAUCAAUCACUGAACUUAUAUUGAUACAUGGGAUAUUAAAUGCAAUUUAUUUAAUAUAUAUUUCAGUUACAACUAUGGUUGUUACUCCUAACCAGUGCCUUUUAUGUAAUUGUUUAUCAAUUUAAAUACA